CCAAAAUCUACAAUGUCCUGUCAGCACUCUGCCGGCGACGGCCUCAACCCAGCCAAAGCAGCCUACGAAACAGCCACCACAUCAUCCAUGUCAUUCACCCCCAUCAACCAGAUCCAUCAACAUCUCUGCGGCCUCCACAUCUACGCCGACGACCCCCUCCGGCCCGUGCGCGCCCAUCACUACUGUACGCACUUGAGGAAAGACCUGCAUCAGUGUGUUAUUUAUGAUGGUGAUGGGCCGGGGGCGAGGCUUAUUGGCGUGGAGUAUCUGAUCCCAGAAGAGGCUUUCCAAGCCCUACCCUCAGAAGAGAAAAAGUAUUGGCAUUCCCAUAAAUACGAAGUCGACUCGGGCAUGCUCGUCCUUGGUACAAAGUCGCUCGUCCCCGAUGCAGUCACCGAUAUAGCCGAACAGCCCGCUAUGAUGGAGUUACACACGACGUAUGGUAAGACGACGCACACUUGGUACGACGCCCCUCCUCUUCCUCUCCCCUCUUCCUCUCUCCACCCUCCUCCCUGGCUCCUCGCCCAUCUCCUGCAAGUCGAUGGGUAAGCUGACGAAAAAAUGAUAAGGCAAUACGAUAUCCACCCAGACCUCCCCCUCGGGCCCCCAGCGCUGAUGAUGGCGUAUACUGACGACGCCCAGCUUGCUUUGGGAGGAGGGAAGGGGCAGGAGGCUUUGGAUGCGAGGGAUAGGGAUCUGGGAGUAUCAACACUCGCGAAACGUCAAGUUCGACAGAACUACCUUGCAGAGGAGGAUUUGGAGAGAGAGCCGGUCGAGGGGUGUGAUGUGGUUUGGAAAGGCAAGUUGGGGAAUUGGAAGUUUGUCGAGAAGGAAUGAAUGAAAGGAAAGGGUCCAUUUUGUACUGGCUACAUACUCAAUGCAUCAAAGAUGUGCGCUAGACAAGGAUAAGAGAGCAGAUAGUUUGAAUAUCAAGCCUUCGUUUCUUUGGUCGAGUAUGAGAGUGAUGAAGGGGGCGGAUAUUCUCCCAUCUGGUCUGAGUUUGUUGCUUAUGGCAGGUCUGAAAGGUGUCAUAGUGGGCGGAAGCUUGCCCAUGUAGUACCCGACGAAAUCUCAAAGGUCGGCCCUCCAUCCGGG